CCAAAGCUGAGGUCUCCUUGAUCAUGAGCUCCAUAAAAUCCUUUUCCGACCACGUUCAAUGUGGAAGGUUGGAAGUGCACCCCGUGGGCGGCUUCAAUGGCAAUAGGCAGUUGUCACAAAGACUUCCUCAUCAACUUCUUAGUGAAUUUGACAGACUAGAUGAGGACAUUCACUUAGUGACAUUAUGUGUGACAGAAUUAAAUGGCCGCGAAGAAAACGAAAACCACUUUCCAAUCACUUAUGGCAUUGCUGUCAAUGUUAGAACUGCAGAGAUCUACAGAGCCUCCUGCCAAGAUCGUGGCCCGGAGGAGGAGCUCGAGCAUGCUGCACGAGCUUUAACAGGAGGACCAAUGGUUAGAAUUUACGAUGCAAAGACAGAACAACUUUGUAUAGGACCGGAUUCCUGGGUGCCAUUUCCACAUGUGGAUUUCUGGUCGCAGCAAGAUGAUAAGCAAAUACUAGAGAACCUUUCCAUUCCACCUCGGGCUGAGCCCCCUCACUUUGUUGAACAUAUUAGAACAACCUUGAUUUAAAAAAAAAUACCCAUCUCCAACAAAUACACUAUUUCCUGGGAAUAAAGCUCUACUCUAAAAAAAAAAAAAAAUGAAGAUGGCUUAUGACAGAGACCAUUGAUGGGAGGUUGGACGGAACAUGAAUUUGGAAUCAAUAUCCAU